GCCCCGAGCAGGAAUCAAGCUGACCUUUGGCAUGCGGCCCCUGUCUCGGGGCUAGACCGACUGUCCGCCAUGGCUUCUCUGGAAGACCCCGGCGACGUGAGGGAGGGCUUCCUUUGCCCUUUGUGCCUGAAGGACCUACAGUCCUUCUAUCAGCUCCAGUCACAUUAUGAGGAAGAGCACUCGGGGGAGGAUCGUGACGUCAAAGGGCAAAUUAAAAGUCUUGUCCAGAAGGCUAAGAAAGCAAAGAACAGAUUAUUGAAACGAGAAGGAGAUGACCGAACAGAAUCAGGGACCCAAGGAUAUGAGUCUUUCAGCUAUGGAGGCGUUGACCCUUACAUGUGGGAACCUCAGGAACUUGGUGCUGUGCGGAGCCAUCUCUCUGACUUCAAAAAACACCGAGCUGCCAGAAUCGAUCACUAUGUUGUUGAAGUCAAUAAAUUAAUAAUCAGGUUAGAGAAGCUCACUGCGUUCGACAGAACCAAUACGGAGUCUGCGAAGAUCCGAGCAAUAGAGAAAUCUGUGGUGCCUUGGGUCAACGACCAGGAUGUCCCCUUUUGUCCUGACUGCGGAAAUAAAUUCAGCAUUCGAAACCGCCGCCACCACUGCCGCCUGUGCGGGUCCAUCAUGUGUAAGAAAUGCAUGGAGCUCGUCAGUCUUCCCUUGGCAAACAAGCUCACCAGCGCCAGCAAGGAUUCCCUGAGCGCCCACACCAGCCCCAGCCAGUCCCCUAACAGCGUCCACGGGUCCCGCCGAGGCAGCAUCAGCAGCGUGAGCAGCGUGAGCUCCGUCUUGGACGAGAAGGACGAUGACCGGAUCCGCUGCUGUACGCACUGCAAGGACACGCUGCUGAAGCGCGAGCAGCAGAUCGAUGAGAAGGAGCACACGCCCGACAUCGUGAAGCUCUACGAGAAAUUGCGACUUUGCAUGGAGAAGGUUGACGUAAAGGCUCCAGAAUACAUCAGGAUGGCAGCGUCGUUAAAUGCUGGGGAAACGACUUACAGUCUGGAACAUGCCAACGACCUCCGAGUGGAAGUGCAGAAAGUGUAUGAGCUCAUCGAUGCUCUGAGUAAGAAGAUCUUAACCCUGGGCUUGAAACAAGACCCCCCACCGCACCCCAGCUCACUGCGGCUGCAGAGGAUGAUCAGAUACUCGGCGACCCUCUUCGUGCAGGAAAAGUUGCUGGGCUUGAUGUCACUGCCGACCAAAGAACAGUUUGAGGAACUGAAGAAGAAAAGGCAGGAGGAGAUGGAGCGGAAGCGGAUCCUGGAGAGUCCGGCUGCCCUGGAGUCUCAGCGGAGGCUGGAGGAGAAGUGGGGCGAUCUGACCACCGGCGCUGCGGCCAACGGGGAUGUGGCAUCGCUCCGCCGGGGCCACGCGCCCCUGAGAAAGGCCGAGGGCUGGCUCGCCCUGUCCGGGGGCCCGGCGGAGACGGAAGAGUCGGACCCGCUCCUGCAGCAGAUCCGCAACAUCACGUCCUUCAUCGGGCAGGCCAAGGCCGCGGGUCGUGCCGACGAGGUGCGCACGCUGCAGGAGAACCUGCGGCAGCUGCAGGACGAGUACGACCAGCAGCAGACGGAGCGGGCCAUCGAGCUGUCCCGGAGGCAGGCCGAGGAGGAGGCCCUGCAGCGCGAGCAGCUGCAGGUGCUGCGCGAGCGCGAGUGGGAGCGCGAGCGGGAGCAGUUGCAGGCGGCCUCACUGCACACUCGGACCCGCUCCCUGGACUUCCGGGAAGUUGGCCCUUUCCAGCGCGAGCCGCGGCCCCACUCGGCUUACGCGCCGGACCUCGACUCCUCUCCAGUUCGGGGCAGCGCGGCGCCCCAGACCCCUUCACCCAGCUCAGCGCACGAGCCCCCCCGGGGGUGGGCGGCGCCCCCAGCCCUCGGCCUGGAAUCCUUCCCGCAGAGCGCCGCGCCCCCGCAGAAUGAGGCCCCCUCCCUGAACCCCUUUGAGGAAGACCCCUCCAGCCCCACGGCAGAGGGCACCGUCAGCCCCCCUGCCGCGGAGUCUCCCCGGGCUCCGUCAGCCCACAAGUCCAAAGAGUACAAUCCUUUCGAGGAGGAUGACGGGGAGGAGGAGUCCGCGGCAGGAAAUCUGUUCACCAGCGCGCACAGCCCGGCCCCGAACCCCUUUGAGGAGGAGGAGGAGGAGGAGGAGGAGCCUCCGCGCCAGAAGCCCUCGAGCCCUGCUGUGGGGGGCAACCCCUUCGAGGAGCCGGCGGGCACCAACCCCUUCGAGCUGGACAGCGACAGUGGACCGGAGGCCGAGGCGCCCAUCGACGAGGAGCUGCUCCUGCAGCAGAUCGACAACAUCAAGGCGUACAUCUUCGACGCCAAGCAGUGCGGCCGCCUGGACGAGGUGGACGUGCUGACGGAGAACCUGAAGGAGCUGAAGCACACCCUGGCCAGGCAGAAGGCGGGCACGGACUGACGGGCGGGGCACCCCGGCCAGGGCACUUGCGGGGAGCCGCCCCCUCGGGGAGAGGGAUGGUGGACGGGUGGGGACGGAGAAAGGGCGAGAAGACUGCUGU